AUGGCUGGCCCUCUAUUACGAAUUCUUAUUCGUCUUAAACCUAAUAAAUAUCAUAGCAUGGAAAUUGCUGCUCGAUAUCGAAUCAUUGAUUUAUUUAAACAAAUAGCUCAUGAUUUACAUUUAACAGUUGAUCAGUUACUACAUAUUUCCAUCUAUCGAAGUGGACCCAACGGUUGUUCAUUACUUUAUCCUAUUAAUAAUAAUUUUAGUACUACACAUUAUGAUGUAUCCAUAACCUUUGAUAAAUAUAGUUUAUCAAGUAAUGAAGAACUUUUUAUUGAUUUAACUGAAUUAAUACUUUGCCAACAACAAGAUAAUGAUGAACUAUCAACAAAUGAUAAACAUGUUGCAAGUUCAUUAGAUAAAUCCGAUUAUUUCAAUUCAACGGCGUCAUCUUCACUGAAUUUAGAAGAAUCAUCAUCAUCAUCUCUCACCCAAGCAAAAACAACAAAUAAUUUAUCAACAAAAAAAUCUCUUAUUGGACAGCUUAUAAGAUUUUCUGUGCCGGCUGAUAAUAGCUGUCUUUUCUCAUCGAUUUAUUUUGUUUUACAUUCAGGAAAACUAGAUUUAGCGUCAAAUAAAUAUUUACGCAAUUUAGUUGCAACAAAAAUAGAAUCCGAUCAAAUAACUUAUUCCGAAGCUAUGCUUGGUCGAACAAAUUCUGAAUAUUCAAAAUGGAUUCGAAAGGAUGAUUCAUGGGGCGGUGGAAUUGAAUUAGCUAUAUUAACACAAGAAUAUGAAAUUGAAAUAUGUGUUAUUAAUACAGAAUGUGAAGGACGAAUCGAUUAUUUCGGUGAAGAUCGACAUUAUCCUUAUCGAGUUUUUCUUUUGUAUAAUAAUUUACACUAUGAUCCUGUAUAUUUGGUAACAUACGAUGUUGUACAACAAAAAGAGUUGAUUCAAACAAAAUUUCACCGUAAUGAUGAAGCGAUUCUUGCAUUAGCAAACGAUCUUGUUGAACAGUUUGAUUCACCAGCAUCAGACGAUAUUGAACAUGCAACAUCUUAUAAAAAGAAGCCAUCGGGAACUAGCAGUGAAUCACAUGUAAUUCAUGUUAAACUUUGA